GUUGUCGCGACUGGCUCGCUCUCGUUUGUGACGGUGUAAAGUGCAGUGUAGAUGCGAAAACAUGCAGCUACAACUCUACAUCAGCGGGAUAAAUUGCGAAACAGUAUCUAUUAUGGUUCACAAAAAUUCCACUAUUGAUGAGCUAUUUCGGAAGCUGGAGGAGAAAACUGGAGUUCCUCCAGAUGAGGCACGUUUAAUACACGCUGGCAAAGAACUGGAGCAAAAGAAAGAUAAGCAAAUCCGAGAUUAUCCAUCUAUAGUCCAUGGAUCCACCCUUUCUAUGCUUAUGAGGCUCCUGGGAGGUGAGUGUCUUGUUAUUAUGUUCUUGGUUAACUGAUAUGUGCCUUCAAUCAGGUUUUGAUCCACUGCCAGAAAAGGAGCUGGAUGCUUUGGCUGAUUUGACCCUUGAACCAGACAUGAUUACUUGUGAGGAUGACCGUGAAGGAAAGCGAGCUAAAAUGGCAUGUGGUCACGCUAUUUCACCUGAGUCACUUACCAUGUAUUGUCGCAGCCUGCUCGCAGCUAAGAAAUUCAUCUUCCUCUGUCCGUAUGUCGACCCAACAGAUGACACCAUCCGCUGCAACAAGGAGUGGAGCUACAUUGAAGUCCGUCGUUUUGCUGUGCUGACCGAUGAGGAACAGAAAGAGUUUGAGACAAAAAUUUCCGAAAACUACCUGAAAAAAGCAAGUGGAGUUCAAGAAUGCCCUGGCUGUCAAACCCUCUGUGAGAGGGUAAAUCCCAAAGAUAAGCGCCUGAUAUGUCGCAUUUGCACAAAGGAAAAAGGUCGCCGCUUUGAAUUUUGUUGGCAUUGUCUCCACGAGUGGAGAGAUUACGGAAUCACCAAGUGUGGAAAUGUGCAGUGCAGCAACGAAGAUCAUCGCUUGCGCAUCCUUCGAGAAGCCAAUGAGAAAUAUGUUGUUGGGGUGAUAACACCUAGCUGCCGUGCCUGUCCACGGUGUGGCAUGCUCAUUGAGCAUAUUGCAGAAUGCAAGCACAUGCUGUGUUGCUGCGGUGUCGAGUUUUGUUUCAUCUGCCUCAAGACCAAGGGAGACGAUGGCUGGCAGUGUGGUUAUUUCAAUACAAAAUGUAAGUCUGCUGCUCGCCAGGUGGACAUUCCAGGAAUGUAACUGGCUAUGAUUAUUUUAGAGAGGCUAUAUAGUAGUAUAUAGGCUGUGUAUAUUCCCUGAAAUUUGUAUUCAUAACAGUGUACCAUGUAUUAUUCACGUGCUGAAUCACAAUUGAUGACGACUUACAAAUGUGCACCUGUGAUUGUGAAUGAUUUAUCUUUGUGAAUAUGUGAAUGGUGUAUAGAGAAUGAAUUAUGCAAUAACUGUAAGCCCAAUAAACGGUUUGGAUUGCGUGCCCUUGCUGUUGUAACAUGCCCAUCCCUUUUGCACUAAAAGCAGGAAGCCUACCUUAACCUACAUUAACCCUCGGUACGCACGUUAAAAGUUGAUUCUCCUUGUUCUGUUUUGCGGUGUGUGCUUGUACGUCUGUUCUUUGUCUAUUUUAUUAUACCUUCAUGAUCAUCAAUCUAUUGUCGUGUAGCAAAAUAAUUAUGUUAUGGAUACAAUGAAAAUUGGACACACUAACAGCAGGGUUCAAAAGAUUACUUCUUGAAAGACUUCGCAGCAUUCGAUGCACUCUUUUUGGCCUCAACACUGUAUAUACCUAGAGGAGAAGUUGUGGUAGUUGUUGAGGAGCUCGUGGUCCAUAGCAAUACAAAGUGCGAGCCUGCCGCUCCCCAAACAAGCAUCCCUGGAUUGUGACACUGACGAUUUUUGGUUC